AUGAGCGUCCGCUGUAGUUCUCUCAGCCCCCAUAAGCCCACUCUCACAGAAGAGAACUUACCAGAUCAAGCUGGAAAGGUCUUCCUCAUUACCGGCGCCUCUGGUGGUAUCGGCACGGAGCUAGUCAAGAUUCUCUACUCGAAGAAUGCCAAGAUCUGGCUCGCUGCUCGCAGCUAUUCUAAAACACAGGCUGUCAUCAAUGAGAUUAAAGCUGCUCACCCAACUUCAACGGGGGAGAUGGUUUUCUUGAAACUCCAGCUAGACGACUUAUCCACCAUCAAGGAAUCAGCGCAGCAGUUUCUUUCCCGAGAGAACCGGCUAGAUGUGCUUUGGAACAACGCCGGUGUGAUGGUCCCACCUCAGGGGUCUACGACUGUACAGGGACAUGAACUGCAGCUGGGCAUCAACAAUCUCGGUCAUCAGCUCUUCACGCAACUAUUGACUCCCCUCUUGGAGAGGACAUUGCAAAUAGCGCCUCACGACUCGGUUAGAGUCAUAUGGGUUUCAUCAAGUGCAGCUGAUGGUGCGCCGCGCCCGGCCAUCGACUUUGCCAACAUGGACUACCAUAAAGAGGAGGGAAUCUGGUCCAUGUACUCCAGAAGCAAGGCUGGGAACUCAUUAAACCCGGGCAACUUUGUUACCAACCUCCAGCAAAAUAUGCCAAAAAUGCAGUUGGCGAUGUUUAAACUCAUAUCGCAUCCGCCAAGGAAUGGUGCAUAUACUGAGCUGUUUGCUGGGUUGGAUCAGUCCUUCACUUCGGAGGACAAUGGUAGCUGGGUUUCACCAUUUGGUAAGAAGGAAGAGCCUCGGAAAGACCUCAUCGAUCCCGAGUUGGGCGCGAAGUAUUGGGAAUGGUGUGAGUCCCAGGUCAAGCCCUUUUCUUGA